UCAAACAAGUAGCUAGCGCCUUUCUAGAUUGUUGUUAACAUAAACCUAAAAUCUCUCUCUUUUUUCUAGUGAAUGGCGAUCCAAAGAUAAACACACCCAAACGCACUGCCUGUUUCCCAGUUUUCAUUCGUCGCUUUCUUUCUUCAAUAUAUUGCAGCCAAACAGGGGUGUAACGUAAGUCAACAGCAUUGAUGGAGUUUGAUGAAGAGCAGCAUGGUGUCUCAGGAAGAGUUCCUGAAUGUGGUGCGAUUUUUAUGUCGAACAGUACAACCAAAAAAGAAUGUUUAAGACGGGGACUGUUUGGCCUUCCAUCUUCUGAUGGCGACUUUGUAAAGCAGGUUAAAGCUGGAAUGAUUUUGUUUCUGUUUGAAUAUGAUAAGAGACACCUACAUGGUGUUUUCCAGGCAUGUUCUGAUGGUGCAAUUGAUAUUGUGCCCCAUGCAUUCCGUUCAUCAGGAAAGCAAUUCUCCGCACAGGUGAAAUUCACCCCAAUUUGGAACUGUAGCCCACUUACUGAAGCUGAGUUUCGUGACACAAUCAAAGAAAAUUACUUUUCUGCUAAGAAGUUUAACUUUGGCCUGUCUGAAGAGCAGGUUCAUAGGCUUCUAGGCUUGUUCAGUUUGAGAAGGACAACAUAUCAUCUACCACAAAGACAAUUAAGCAAAAUUAAAGGUGCAAGAGAGAAUGCAAAGGGUAAAGUUCGAAGAGUUCAUGAUGGUGGGGCUAUAAUGAGGGAUGAGGUAAAAGAUCCGAAUGAUUUGGAUAAUGAUCAUGGACCAGUUGUCUUGAAUCAGUACUCUGGGAAAUCUUUUGGCUAUGGUGGAAGAGAAAGUGAUGAAAGCAGGUUUGUAAAAAGUAACGGGUUAGGGAAUAAACAUAAAACUUACGAUGUGACCAUGAAUGGGUAUUUUGAGGACUCUUUGGCUAAAUCUGGAAGAGAUGGAGGCAGAUUUGCUGCAUGUUUUAGGUCAGGAAGGGACCAUAACUUGGCUAUUGAGCAUGGGUCUGUCGUGUCAAAUGAACCUUGUAGGUAUCUUUCAGGUAAAGUUGGACCCAUGAACGAGUAUUUUGAGGACUCUUUGGCUAAAGUUGGAAGAGAUGGAGGCAGAUUUGUGGCAUGUGAAAGGUUAGGGAGUGAACAUAACUUGGCUAUUGAGCAUGGGCCUGUCGUGUCAAAUCACCCUCCUAGGUAUCUUUCAGGUAAAGUUGGACCCAUUAACGAGUAUUUUGAGGACUCUUUGGCUACAGUCGGAAGAGAUGGAGGCAGAUUUGCAGCUUGUGAUAGGUCAAAGAGUGGACAUAACUUGGCUAUUGACCAUGGGCCUGUCGUCUUAAAUGACCGUUCUGGGUAUCUUUCAGGUAAAGUUGCACCCAUUAACGAGUAUUUUGAGGACUCUUUGGCUAAAGGUGGAAUAGAUCGAGUCAGAUUUGCAGCUUGUGGCAGGUCAGAGAGUAGAGAUAACUUGUCCAUUGAGCACGGGCCUGUCGUGUCAAAUGACCGUUUUGGGUAUCUUUCAGGCAAAGUUGAAGUUCCUGAUCAUAGCAGGUAUACAAUGACUAAUAGGCUAGAUAGUGAAUGUAAUAUGGACAAUGGCUUUGUGCCGUCCAUGUCUACUGAGUGCCGUAGUUUAUAUCAACCUAACCUUGAUAGAUCUGUCUACUCUGACAAUGCUGUAUUUAAAGAUCAACAUAGGUCAUAUUCCACAUCCACUCGCCCAAUAGAGACACAAAUCUGUUACCCUUCCUAUUCAACACUUUAUGGAGAUGCACUUGGUAUGAGCACAGUUCCUUAUGAUCCUGAAUCCACUAGUAUUAACUAUAGGUACUCAUCAUCUCCAGGGAUUGAUCACAGCUCUAAUUCAUUGAAAGAAUGUGCUUCCCCUUAUAAACCAUAUGCCGGGACUCUCAUUCCUUCCCCAAAAAACCAAUUGCAUUUCCCAUCUGUGGAACCAAAAUGUAGAAAGAGAUGCCCAGAUGAUAGUUCUAGUUUUGGAAACCAUGUUUCUUUCUCUACCCCCAACAAUCAUGAGCACUUUAACUACAGGAACAUCAUGCCUUUAUCUAGGGUUGCAUAUUCUGAAAACUUGGCAGCAGAAUCUUCUGAAAAUCCAGGUUACGAGGGCCUCUCCUAUUUGCAGUGUGCUUUAGCUCCCUUGCAUUUAUCAGAGACUGAAAAUAAUCGGAUGGAAAACAAGGGCUCUUCAUUCUACUCUGGCUUUCUUGUAGAGUCAUUAGGCAAACUUGAGUGUGAGAAGGUUGCACGACAGGAGGAGAAGAAUGAAGCAUUUACUGGUAAUGUUCCUUUGUCAAAUAAUGGUCAGCUUCAGUUGCAUGGCUGUGAUUAUUCUGUUGAACCUAGGAGUGACUACCACCCUGAACACGAUUCACUUAAUCAUGAUCUCAAGUAUGAUCCGGAUUCUGAAAACAUGUCUUCUGGCUGUCAGAAGAACAUGAAUAGUGUGUUUUCUCGCUUAGCUUGGGCUUCAGAUGUACAUGUAAAGGAAAAUAGUGAUGACUUUAGCCAUAAGGAAUAUGAUGAGGAUACAUCAUUGGAUGAACACAAUUCACUUAAUCUUGAUCACAAGUCUUAUCAGGGUUUUGAAAACGUGUCCUAUGGCUGUCAGAAGAACAGGAAUAGUGUGUUUUCUCGCUUAACUUUGGCUUCAGAUGUAUAUGUAGAGGAAAAUGGUGAUGACGUUGGCCGUAACGGAUGUGAUGGGGAUACAUCAGUGGAUGAAGUCAUGGCAAGGUUGCGUCAAAGUCUCUUCCAAUCGGCAAAGACCAAAAAGUCUAAAACGUUGAUCAAAGAAUAUGAUGAACAUGAAAACUUAAGGGACCCCAAGUUGGAAGUGGAUUGCUUGGUGGAUUUCAAGUAUCUGAAUGUUGGACGGACACCGUGUGUGGAUUUCAAACGUCGGAGUGAAGUGUGUAAAAUUCAAGAUAAUACCAAGAGUAGACACUAUAAUGAAAUUGCUGGGAGUGAUGGUUCAUCAGGUGGGCACCACAAAAGAAGUAAGUUGAUCAGGCCUAACUUCAGCAAGAAAGAGUCUUCCAAUGAACAAGGUAUCUCAUCAGGUGGGGACCACAAAAGAAGAAAGUUGAUCAGGCCAAACUUCAGUAAGAAAGAGUCUUCUAAUGAACAAGGCAUCAACAAUGAUGCUUCCAAAGGUACAGAGGUAUUAUCACUAGAAAAUUCUGUAAACAGGAAAGACAAAAGGGGAAGUUGUGAGGUUUUGGUUGAAAGCCAGGAUAAAGAAAACAUGUCAUCUCAUAGUGUUGAAUUGCAACAUGUAGUUUCUCUAAUCAGUGGUGAGUAUAAGAAUAUUAAUGUUGAAAGAGGUUCAAAUGGUGAAGGAGAAUCAAAAGCAGAGAGUCGCAAGACAUUGUUUAGAAUUGGAUAUGAAGACGAAAAAGAGUCUUCACAAGAUGCAGGCAUCCAAAACGCUUGUGAAGAUGAAUCAAAUGCUGAGAAUGGCUUGGGAAUUAUGGAUUCCGUAGUGGAUGAGUUGCCAGAUACCACUCCAUCCUACAACAAACAUAUAUAGAAAUAGAAGAAGAAAAUGCUUACAGAGAAACUGUUUAUGGUGAUAUUGAUCGUGGAAAGGAGUCUUUUUUCUUUUUUUGAGAAACCGGAGCUCUACACUGCAAAGAGUAUCUGGAUAAUUUUUAGAUAGUUCUGUAGAUGAAGGUAAGACAAAGAAGUCAGCAAUUAGCUUUUGUGACCGUUGUCUCAGAGGCAUCUUUUGAAAGUUCUAGGUGCUUCACUGUUGUAGCAUCAUAAAGAAAUUUGUGAGGGAAAUAUUGGAUCUGGAGAGAUAUUGGCUGCAGCCAAUGGAGUUAAAAGAUGUGAAAUGGACUUUCCUCAAAUUUUUGAAAAUAUCAAUGGAUUUCUCCUCGACAGUUGUGGAAUCAGCAAUGGGUAUUGAAGAAAUUGGUGCAAAUUAUGAAGGUAAAGGGGAAAACCAACCCUAUGUGGAUGUUCUAACCAUUCAGAUUGAAGCAUCACUGUAGGGAUUAUAACUAAAACGUGGUGGAGUAACAAGACAGAAGACAAUCAUAGAGAUGUUGCUGUUGUUAUUUGUUGAUGCCAGGUAUCGGUACUAACAAAGUUGAUUCUGCUGCUGUACAGCUUGUAAAGCUUGUCUGAAUGUUGCUUACUUUAAUUGCUACUUAAAUGGCCUUAAUGCUAUUAAUAGGACCUUUUCUUUCCACGGUUAA